AUGACGUCCACAGACCCCAAGACUACCGACGACACGCCUGUCGAGCAAAAGCCAGAGCAAAAGCCCGCCGCCCUGGGCGAGGACGACGAGUUUGAGGACUUCCCUGUCGAUGACUGGCCCGAGGACCAGACCGAAGCUGCCAAGGGUAGCGGCGAGACCAAACAUCUCUGGGAAGAGAGCUGGGACGACGACGACACAAGCGAUGACUUCUCACAACAGCUCAGGCACUACCAUACAUGCAUGAUGGCAAGCUGUGGACUUGUCAGACAAGCCCGACCCCAGGUGGGGGAAAGCAGCAAGACAGGGCAACAACUCAUAUAUCAGUCAAACACGAAUAAUUAUGACGACCUCGAUAACGCGGGAGCCCCAACAGCUGGUGAAAAUGUGACUGCCGAUGGCCAGGGUUCUGGCGAGCCACCCAGAGGCCCAGGAAACCUCUACUGCUAUUGUGACUGCAAUUGGGAAUCGACAACGUGCAGAUGCAGCAACUGCUACUGCAUCACUGGACUUAUGCUGCCUGCACUAACGGCACGCGAUGAGGUCGCUGAUGAGCUUCAAACAGGUAUAAGGGCCUUGAGUCUUGAACGUUUGCCAGACACGGGUUAUGCGAUUGAUGGGCGUGGCCCAGACUCCAACUUCGAUACCCCCCAUGAGAUGCGUCUUCCUAGUCCAGCCACUGGAUUCAGUCCCGAGGGCUCUCUCGCAACUGAACAGGUGCCUCUCGAAAAUCAGAGAAAUAGUGAUGACCCUUCAGUCACCCCUCAGAUUGGCACGGCUACGCCUGUUGGUCUCUCGGCAGAGAGUCAAGGUGAGCAUUUAGCUGACAGAACUGAAGAUCGGGGCACCCUAGAUGUUUCCGAUGCCACUGACCCGGUUACGUCUUCCCAGCACAGGUUGUUGUAUAUCCGUCGGUUGCGUCGGAUGGGAUUAACCCCUCCCUUUCCGCGGCCACCAAAUUGUCCUGAUUACACGCCCUCUUUCCUGCGUCCCAUAGACGAGUAUUCUCGCUUAUUGACUAUAAGGACUCCCAAUUCCGAUUCGGACGAAACGGACGACAGAACUGUUUCCGAAGACUGGGCAGCAGAACGAGCAGAACUCGAGCAAGGAGAACGUGAAGAAGCAGAACGCGAGCAAGCAGAACGCGAGCGGUUUCAGAUGGUUUUUAACAAUGAAGUCCUUGAGAGCGUCGAUAAGGACGAGAGCAUAAAAGAAGAGAGCGACUCGGAUGUCAACAUGGAAGAAGCAAGCGACUUGGACGUCACCAAAGAAGAGAGCGACACGGAGUAG